UCGACCUGUCCAUAAACGUAAAGUGUUUUUUAUUGUCGUCAUCGGGCCCGUCUCAGCGGCCUGCAUGUACCCGCUAUGUGCUCGGCAUAUUAAACGAACCGUGUUGAGACUGCGCUAUGAUAUGGAGCGACAUAGCCCUUAUUUAUAAGAGGGACAGACAUGCAGGUGCCUGAUCCGACAGCAGGAAGAUGUGACCUUUUAAUAGAAUGAAUGGGACUUUAUCAAAUUGAAGACAUUUUUCAUUUUUUUAUCAUUAAUUCUCUAUUUAGACUAUGUAUGGUAACUGAUUUCAAAAUACAUUUUCCCAAACGAACAAUAAACCCUAUCAGAUUAACUUUAUGGCAUAUUUUUAAUAUCUGGAUCAACCUCCAUGUUUUUAUUUUAUGUGACUCACAAAAAAUAACAACAAAUGUAAUUUAUUGUCAUUUUUGUGCACCAGCAUCCAAACCAAGCACCUGCAGCAGAACCAAUCCAAUAACAGCCAGUCUUAAAAACCACAUGAUCGCCUCCUCCUGAGCGUCUGGCAUCCAUCCUACCUCACUCAUAACGAAACCUUGUUCUGUUCCUUUUAUUUCUCACAGCUCAGUUGAUCAGUUCCAGUUCUUGCACAGGAAAAUACCUCGGGCUCUUUAUGUUACACAAACUUCCUAUGAUAGAAGAUAAUUGUUUAAAAAUGAAGCUGCAACAGAGACACGUGGAUUUGAUAAGCUGACAUGUUUGAUCUGGAAAUGAAGAGCAUGCAGUCGUCCCAUUCAGAAGCUUUUAAUAACAUUGUCAAGCUUGUUUGUUUGUGUGUGUUUAUUACAGCUUCCAGAAAUAAUAAGCGGGGCAAUUUGUGCAUAGAUGUGUGAUAAGUGGGCCGUGCAGGCUCAAAUCCAGACAUUUGUUGAACGUAGCUUAAAAAUGAACAAACGGCUUAAAGAACUAUCGUGUCAGAAUAAAAUUAAAAAAUGUCAAAUUAAAAUAGACUAUUAGAAAUGCAACUUUGUGACAGGUUAAUAUCAGAGUUGGGUCGUCUUUCUGUCACCUAUAGAUUAAAGAAUAAAUUUUAGAGGGUCUUCAAGUGAGUCUGUCUGCAGAAUGUUUUUCAGGACUAUGAUAUAUGUUGGUUCGACACUAUUUCAGCUGUUUUCCAAUUGAAUAAAACACAGAGGCAUUUGCACACACAUUCCCUCUUAGGCUCUUCAUGUUGUCAUUCUAAUCUCUUGAAACCUGACCUGACAGCACUUUGCUCCAAUUAGCAAGCUGUCAGAUCUCAGGCAAUGACGUCUACAGCUGCCAAUCUGUCACAUUUAUUGCCAUUUUUCACAAGCAUCAUUUUCUUUUAAAGAUCCUAAGCUUGUGAUACAUUGUAUGUUUUUUUUUUUUGGGAGGGACUUUUGAAGCUCAAAAACUAGUUUGCAAAGCCCACCUUACAGCUUACACCAUACAUGUUACCGUAUAUGAAAUGAGUAGUCUUUCCAGAUGAACUGCACUGCUGGUGUAUUUAUAAAGAAACAAGCCAUCCCUGUUUUUUUGUCUCAUUUGAGCGUGAGUCGUGCAGAUCAGCCAGCUGUCAGCAGUUCUUCUGUUUUGGGAAGAUAAUGACAGGUUGUCAUGCCUGCCUUAGUUCUGAAAAUGCUGUUUAGGAGAUAGGGGAGGUGUUUACAAGGGCUAACCACAAGGGGGCGCUCCCAGACUAGCUACAGAUGUUCUGUUGAAAUCCAUUCCCCAGCUCUACAAGACAUCUUUCAUGCCACUGUAAAUGUAAAACGCACGUGCAGACUCAUUUACAGUACAAUCACUGCCAUCUUAGAAGUGCUGUGUGUGUGUUGAACAGUACUUCUUUAUUGACUUGUCCUAUGUGUGUGUGUGUGUGUUGUUUUCUCUCGCUGCAACCUCGUUUGACACCCACAGAGCAGUUAGUGUUGACCACCAUUAGGCAGGAGGCUUCUGAGUUGCAGGACCCAGGCCCGGGCGCCAGCACUACCAUGUGCGCCCGCCUCACAGACAGGUUUGAUAAAAGACCUUCUGGCUCGUCCGCCGGUUACCGUAAAGCAGAUGACGAGAUGUCCGGGACCACUUCCCAGGCCGAUCCGGUAGAUGCCACGGCGCGGACGGUGCUGCUCAACCGGACACAAAACACCAAGUUCUGCGACAACCACGUCAGUACCACCAAGUAUGGAAUUCUCACCUUUCUGCCCCGGUUUCUCUAUGAGCAGAUCAGACGGGCGGCCAAUGCCUUCUUCCUGUUCAUUGCACUCAUGCAGCAAAUCCCCGACGUGUCACCGACCGGCCGCUACACCACGCUGGUCCCGCUCAUCUUCAUCCUCACUGUGGCCGGGAUUAAAGAGAUCAUAGAAGACUAUAAAAGACACAAAGCAGACAACACCGUAAACAAGAAGAAGACAACAGUGCUGCGGAGCGGAGCGUGGCACACCAUCAUCUGGAAGCAGGUGGCGGUAGGAGACAUAGUGAAGGUGACCAAUGGCCAGCACCUUCCAGCUGACAUGGUUAUAGUUUCCUCCAGCGAGCCACAGGCCAUGUGCUAUAUUGAGACCUCCAACCUGGAUGGAGAAACCAACCUGAAGAUCCGACAGGGUCUCUCGCUCACCGCCGGCCUUCAGACCCUGGAGGAUCUGAUGUCUCUGUCAGGCCGUUUGGAGUGUGAAGGCCCCAACAGACAUCUGUAUGACUUCACCGGCACUCUCCGGCUAGAUAACCAAAAUCCAGUUCCUCUGGGUCCAGACCAGGUACUGCUACGUGGGGCUCAGCUCAGGAACACACAGUGGGUUGCGGGAAUUGUAGUCUACACCGGCCACGACUCCAAACUCAUGCAGAACUCCACCAAGGCGCCGCUGAAGCGCUCCAACGUGGAGCGGGUGACCAACAUGCAGAUCCUGGUCCUGUUUGGGAUCCUGCUGGUCAUGGCGCUGGUCAGCUCUGUGGGGGCAGCGAUCUGGAAUAGAGAACACACAGAUGAAGCCUGUUGGUACCUUUCCCGUGAAGGUGACAUCUCUACUAACUUUGCAUACAACUUGCUAACGUUCAUCAUCCUCUACAACAACCUGAUCCCCAUCAGCCUGCUGGUCACUCUAGAGGUGGUGAAGUUCACACAGGCUCUCUUCAUCAACUGGGACAUGGAGAUGUAUUACUCAGAAACGGACACACCAGCCAUGGCUCGAACAUCUAAUCUGAACGAAGAACUGGGCCAGGUAAAAUACCUCUUUUCUGACAAGACGGGAACCCUCACCUGUAACAUCAUGCACUUUAAGAAGUGCACCAUUGCAGGAAUCACGUACGGCCAUUUCCCUGAUCUUGAUUGUGAUCGUUCAAUGGAAGAUUUCAGCAAUCUGCCGUCCAACAGCAACAACUCCACAGAGUUUGACGAUCCAACUCUCAUCCAGAACAUUGAGAAAAACCACCCCACAUGGCCUCAGAUCUGUGAGUUCCUGACGAUGAUGGCGGUGUGCCACACGGUUGUUCCAGAGAGAGAGGGUGACCAGAUCAUCUACCAGGCCUCCUCGCCCGAUGAAGGAGCGCUGGUCAAAGCGGCUAAAGGACUGGGCUUCGUCUUCACCGCUCGGACCCCUCAUUCCGUCAUCAUCGAAGCCAGAGGAAAAGAGAUGAGCUACGAGCUGCUGAAUGUGCUGGAGUUUUCCAGCAACCGCAAACGCAUGUCUGUGGUGGUCAGGACGCCCAAUGGGAAGCUGAGGCUUUACUGCAAAGGAGCCGAUAAUGUUAUUUUUGAGCGUCUGCACGAAGCGUCUCAGUACAAAGACUUAACUGUUGCUCAUCUGGAGCAGUUUGCCACUGAAGGCCUGAGGACUCUCUGUUUUGCGUACGUGGACCUGGAGGAGGCCGCCUAUCAGGAGUGGUUGAAGGAGUACAGCCGUGUCAGCACUGAGCUGAAAGAUCGCGCUCAAAAACUAGAAGAAAUAUAUGAAGUACUAGAAAAGAACCUGCUGCUGCUCGGUGCCACGGCCAUAGAGGACCGUCUCCAGGCCGGUGUCCCCGACACCAUCGCCACCCUGAUUAGGGCCGACAUCAAGAUCUGGGUCCUCACCGGCGAUAAGCAAGAGACCGCCAUCAACAUAGGUUACUCCUGUCGUCUGGUGACACACGGCAUGUCCCUCAUCAUUGUCAACGAAGACUCUCUUGACGCAACUCGUGCCACGCUCACAGCUCACUGUUCAACCCUCGGCGAUUCCCUGAGAAAAGAAAACGAUCUCGCUCUGAUCAUCGACGGCCAAACGCUGAAAUACGCCCUGUCCUUCGAGCUCCGCCAGGCCUUCCUCGACUUAGCAUUGUCCUGCAAAGCUGUAAUCUGCUGUCGAGUGUCUCCACUGCAGAAGUCAGAGAUCGUGGACAUGGUGAAGAAACAUGUGAAAGCCAUAACCCUGGCCAUUGGCGACGGGGCCAAUGAUGUGGGGAUGAUCCAGACGGCUCACGUUGGAGUGGGAAUCAGCGGCAACGAGGGCAUGCAGGCCACCAACUCCUCUGACUACUCUAUUGCUCAGUUCUGCUACCUGGAGAAACUUCUGCUGGUCCACGGGGCGUGGAGCUACAACCGCGUCACAAAGUGCAUCCUCUACUGUUUCUAUAAGAACGUGGUUCUCUAUAUAAUAGAGCUCUGGUUUGCCUUCGUGAACGGCUUCUCUGGUCAGAUCCUGUUUGAGCGCUGGUGCAUCGGCCUCUACAACGUGAUUUUUACAGCACUGCCUCCGUUUACUCUGGGGAUUUUUGACCGGCCCUGCAGCCAGCAGAACAUGCUCCGCUUCCCGCAGCUCUACCGGAUCACCCAGAAUGCCGAGGGCUUCAACACCCGGGUGUUUUGGGGACACUGUAUCAAUGCACUUAUUCAUUCAGUUAUCCUGUUUUGGUUUCCUCUAAAGAUGCUGGAGCAUGACUCUCCCUUCAGUAAUGGUCAGGGAAACGACUACUUGUUUGCAGGAAAUAUGGUCUACACUUAUGUGGUAAUUACAGUGUGUCUAAAAGCUGGAAUGGAGACCACCGCUUGGACCAGGUUUUCCCACCUGGCUGUUUGGGGGAGCAUGGCGCUCUGGAUGGUCUUCUUUGCCGUCUACUCCUACAUCUGGCCCACCAUCCCCAUUGCCCCCGACAUGCGGGGCCAGGCUGACAGGGUGAUGCAGUGCUGGCACUUCUGGUUGGGUCUGGUUCUGGUGCCCACCGCGUGUUUACUCAAAGAUUUCGCUUGGACGGCCACACGCCGCUCCGUCAGGAAGUCUCUGCUGGAGGAGGUGCAGGAGCUGGAGGCGCGGGCCGUUGACCCGGGAGCUACCGUGCUCAGGGACUCCAGCGGUCGCAGUCUAAACGAACGGGCCCAUCUGCUGACAAGAGUCUUUAGGAAAACACCCUCAAGCGUCGGACGCUCCAACUCGGUGCAGCAGACUGUGACACAUGGCUAUGCCUUCUCUCAGGAGGAACACGGCGUGGUGUCCCAGUCCCAGGUCGUUCGCUCCUACGACACCACCCGCCAGCGCCCCAGCCUCUAGCCCCUCCCCCCCAAUCAAGGCUUUGGCUCUAUGUAGCAAAUCGUCAAGGUGACAGCGGAGUUGAACCUAAGCAACACCUUGACGCCAGUUGACCGACCUCUGCUGUGGCCUUAAUGGAACAACGACUCGACCCCUCGCCAGGGAUGGGAGUGGCGGUCCAGAUGGAGGGAGGGGUGGAAGUUGAGUCAGGCGUUCGGAGGACCGGACUGAGACGGGACCAGAACAAACACUGACAACCACAAACGGCUGCACGGGCAUGAGCAAAUCAGUCACGCCAAGUCAAACUCAGAACUGCUACCUGUAUGCACCUCAGACUGGGUUUGCUUCACGCUGCUGUGUUUCCAUGUGCGUGUGUAUGUGCGUGCACGCGCGCCGGUGCAUGUGUGCUGUUUGUGUGCGUGUGUCUGUUUCCACGGUUACCUCACAUCCCCGCUGUCAUCACACGAUGCAGAAGAGGUCAAAAUAAUCAGCGUUGCAUCCAGAAAAGGGUGAGAGGGGAUGUUUUUUUUUUCUCCAUCGCAGCUCCCAAGCUUCACUGCCAAUCACCACGGCGAUGCCAACGAGGCGGAGCGCUGACACCCAACCAGACCACCACCCAGCUGCAGCCCCACUCCUCCUCCAGUUUAUCUCACAUUUCUUCCUCCUUAUCUCUGCAUCUCAUAGCAGCUCUGCAGCCUCCAUGUCCGCAGCUCCUUCAUCAGUUUUAGUCUUCUUCCUUUUCAGGAUUCUCCAGACGUCCCAACUCUAGCAUUUGUUAGCUGACCCAGAAGCGGUACGUCUUGGUUGCUCUUAACUGAACAUGUCUGUCCCUAUUGUCUUAUUUUAUUAAAGUGGACAUUAUUGUAUUUGCAUUUAUAUAUUUUUAUUUUAAUGUUUUGUUUUGUUUUUUACUUUACAUGCAUAUGAGAAAACUUUAGCCCUUUGAUUGAGAUGCUUGCAUGGAUCAUGUGUUUCUCAGCUUGAUGUGAAUGUGGAGCCUGUUGUCUGUGUGCUACGUGUUGAGGACACUUUGGUUCAGGAAUGCAAGCGCAAAUAGAAGGUCUAUCCAAGUCCUAAUCAUUAAAUCUAAUCAAUCCAUGGCCUGA